ACGAAACACAUGUGACCGCCUGCCUCUCUCUUCCUGUGUCCUCCUCUACAUCGUGUAAUCUAUAAGCUUUCCUCUUGUCUGCUUUCUCCUCUUCCUUGUGGUUGCUACUUCAUCACCACCACCGCUUAGCGUCUCUGCUCUCUUUCUUUCUCCCUUUCUUGUCUGCUGUGUAUUCUUUUGUUGUUCUGUGUAAGCAACCAGUGCUUUAACCAAAACGUAGCAGCAAUCAUUGGUUCUCCUUUCUUGCCCACCACAGAAAGCAUCGCACUCUCGGAAGAGUGUGUGCCUGCUUAAAAGAAGGUUAAGCUCAGGGGAAUAGGUUGUGGAGGUGAUGAGAGGAGCCAUGGAGCCGUUGAGGUUGCUGCUGCUACUGCUGCUGAUGCUCUGCUGCAGCAGCACUGCGGUGGUGGCGGCGGUGGCCAAGAAGCGGACUUACAUAGUUCAUAUGGCCAAGUCGCAGAUGCCGCCCGCGUUCGCGGAGCACCGUCACUGGUACGACGCCUCCCUGCGAUCCGUCUCCGACGCGGCCGAGAUCAUCUACGCCUAUGACACCGCUGCCCACGGCUUCUCCGCGCGGCUCUCCCCGGCGGAGGCCCGCGCCCUGGAGCACCGUCCUGGCGUGCUGGGCGUGGUCCUCGAGGAGCGCUACGAGCUCCAUACGACGCGCACACCGGAGUUCCUCGGCCUCGACCGCAGCGAGGGGCUCAUCCCCCAGUCGAACACUGAGAGCGACGUCGUCGUCGGGGUGCUCGACACAGGCGUGUGGCCCGAGCGCAAGAGCUACGACGACGCUGGGCUCGGGCCCGUCCCCGCGAGCUGGAAGGGCGUGUGCGAGGAGGGGAAGGACUUCAAGGCCGCGGACGCCUGCAACCGGAAGCUGGUCGGCGCGCGGUUCUUCUCCAAGGGGUACGAGGCGAGCAUGGGCCCUAUCGAUGAGACCAAGGAGUCGAGGUCUCCCCGAGAUAACGAUGGCCACGGCACUCACACCUCCUCCACCGCCGCCGGCUCUGUUGUGCCAGACGCCAACCUUCUCGGCUACGCUGCGGGCACCGCCCGCGGCAUGUCCACCCGCGCGCGCGUCGCCGUGUACAAGGUCUGCUGGCUUGGCGGUUGCUUCAGCUCCGACAUCCUCGCCGCCAUGGACAAGGCCAUCGAGGACGGCUGCGGCGUCCUGUCCCUGUCCCUGGGCGGUGGGAUGUCAGACUACUACCGCGAUAGCGUCGCGAUCGGGGCCUUCAACGCCAUGGCGAAGGGGGUUGUGGUGUCCUGCUCCGCGGGCAAUGCCGGGCCAGGGACGUCCACCCUCUCCAACGUCGCGCCGUGGAUCACCACCGUCGGGGCCGGCACGAUCGACCGCGACUUCCCGGCCUACGUCGUGCUCGGCGACGGCAAAAACUACACCGGCGUCUCGCUCUACAGCGGAAAGCCCCUCCCUUCCUCCUCGCUCCCCUUGAUCUACGCUGGUAACGCCACCAACGCCACCAACGGAAACCUCUGCAUGGUGGGGACCCUCUUGCCGGACAAGGUAUCUGGAAAGAUCGUCCUUUGCGAUCGCGGCAUCAACGCCCGCGUUCAGAAAGGCUUCGUCGUGCGCGACGCUGGGGGGGCAGGCAUGAUCCUAGCCAACACCGCUGCUAACGGGGAGGAGCUCGUCGCAGACGCCCACCUCCUCCCGGCCACCGCUGUCGGGGAAAAGGCAGGGGACGCCAUCAAGUCCUACCUUUUCUCCGAUCCGAACCCCAAGGCGACAGUCGCCUUCGGUGGAACGAAGGUCGGGGUCAUGCCGUCACCAGUGGUGGCGGCGUUCUCCUCCCGCGGUCCGAACGCCGUCACGCCGGACAUCCUGAAGCCGGAUCUCGUCGCCCCAGGGGUGAACAUCCUCGCCGCCUGGUCGGGGUCAGUUGGGCCCACAGGGCAGGCGGCGGACCCGCGGCGGACGGAGUUCAACAUCAUCUCCGGCACCUCCAUGUCGUGCCCCCAUGUAAGCGGCCUGGCGGCGUUCCUCAGGGGGGCGCACCCGGACUGGAGCCCCGGCGCCAUCAAGUCUGCCCUCAUGACCACCGCCUACGCUGAUUACCCUGGCGGCGGCGGCAUCCUCGACGUGGCCACCGGCCGGCCGGCCACGCCCUUCGACUUCGGCGCCGGCCACGUGGAUCCACCCAAGGCUCUGGACCCCGGCCUCGUCUACGACCUCACCGUUGACGACUACCUCGACUUCCUCUGCGCCCUGAACUACACGACCCUCCAGAUCGCGAGCGUCUCCAGGCGAUCCAACUUCAACUGCGACAACAAGAAGGCCUACGCGGUGUCGGACCUCAACUACCCCUCCUUCGCGGUGGCGUUCGCGACGGCGAGCGGCGCGGGCGGCGGAGGUUCGGCCGCGACGACGGUGAAGCACACCAGGACGCUGACCAACGUCGGGGCGCCGGGCACAUACAAGGCGACGGUGUCGGCGCCGCAGGAGGCAAAGGUGACAGUGGAUCCAUCGGAGCUAAGCUUCGCGGCAGCGGGGGAGAAGAAGAGCUACACGGUGGCCUUCUCCGCGGCGUCGCAGCCGUCCGGCACGGCCGCCUUCGGCCGCCUCGAGUGGUCCGACGGCAAACACGUGGUCGCGAGCCCGCUGUCGUUCACGUGGACUUAAAAGUUCGCGAUAAGAACGGCUGCCUCCGAAGAUGGACGGCUCUGAUGGACGCUGGCUGGCGGAGCGAGUUGUUUCUUAAAACAAGCCAAGGUAGAAUGUGUUUCUGCUUUUUAUUCUUGUUACUUGUUGCUUUCUAAUUGUUGUUGUUUGUUGCUGCUUCUGAUGCUUCGAUUAUUCCUAUUAUUAUUGUCAUUGCUGCUAAUUUAAGUUGGGUGGAACAACCAGAAAUUGGGAAGAGCCAAAAAAAAAGGUAAUGGUUGGUAAGAAAUGUAUAAAUUAUAUUAUGACAAAAAAUGAUUUAAAACAUGUAUUGGAUAAA